GAGCCAGUUGACGGAUUCUCUGCUGCGCAGCAGACGUGGAGCAUCUGUCUUCUCCAUCCUCAAAAGGAAUAGAGUGAGAUUUGCUGCCAUUUUCAAUCCAAACUCUGGAGUGAGUGUGCAGGUUUGGAAGAGCAGUUUUCUAUAUCUCUGAAACAUCUGCAGUGGACUCCCUAAGGGAAGCUAAGGGGUUGGUCACAUCCUUGGCAUUUCUUUGUUGGUGUUUGCCGGUGGUUUUUGCUCAAAAAACACCAUGAGCUCAGGUCAGCGAAAGCGCCCUGGAGGAGCAGCUGAAUCAGGACCAGCUCGGAAACGGAGCAGGCUGCAGCGCUCCACCACAGCUGGGACUUCCCAGACAGAAAGAGCAGAGCUCGUGGAAAGUAGAACACCUGCUUUGGAGCCUGAUCUCUCAAGUCAAUCUUCUGUACCUGAAGUCAUCGUUAUUCUUAAUGAUGAUGAGUCCCCUUUGGAUAGAGAGCAGAGCCAGCAGCUGCAGUACCUUUCCGGAGCAUCAGAGAAUUCAGAUGAGCAACAGGCAAGGGAUGCUGAAGAGGGACUAAGAGAAGAUGAUGGUGAUUGGCUGCUCUAUGAUUUCGAUCUUCCGUAUUGGUCAGAUGAGGAGUCAGAGGACAGGGAGCAGAACCUGCAGCACUCACAUCCUUGCAGAUCAGCCGAGAAUUCAGUUGGGCCAUUGGCAAUUCAUGACAACGAGGAAACAAGAGAUAGUGAUGGUACAUGGCCAGCAGUUCCUGCUAGUUCUCCAGUGAGCGAGGAUGAGGAUUCUGAUGUGCAGGACAGGGAGCAGAGCCAGCUCUACCCACUUGGAUCCAGAGACACAGAGGAUUCAGCUGAGCUCUGGGCAAGUGAUAAUGAAGAGGAAACAAUAGAUAACAACAGUGAAUGGCCAGACCGUUUUGAGAGUCCUCCGACGUGGCAGGACGACAUUACAGAUGACUGGGAAGAAAGCCAGCAACCACCUCUUGGUUCCAGAUCAGCAGAGAAUUCCCUCGUACUGGCCAGCAACCUUCUAGAGGAACCAAGAGAUAUUGAAUUUGAAUGGCCAGGAGGUUUUGUUAGUCCUCCCAGCUGGGAGGAUGAAAACGCACAGGUGAGGAUGCACAUGUUGUUAUUUCUGAUUUGUGGGUGUGGAAGGGACAGAAGGGGAGCUGCAUAACUCAGUUGUUUUAGGUGAGUGCCACGUGCAGCUGGCUGGAGGCACAGCCCUUGCUGGGGGACUCCAACCUGCACAUCUUUCCAAGCCCUCACUUGGUGGUAUCCGUAGAAGGAGAAGCCCUUGCCAGGGUGGCACUGGCAGAUCUGUGUGUUCCUUGUAGAUCUAGCAUUGACUGACAGAAUUCUUUACUCCAAAUUUCUGUUGUGGUUUCGUUUCUUCAGCAGCUGUUCAUCUAACGUGAUGUUGGAUAUCUUAGCAGACUUUGCCACUUUGUGGGAGAACGUGGGAAAGAAACAGCUCCAGGACAAUCUGAAUUAGGGAAGAGGAAUGCAGAGGAGGAAUGAGGGUAUUCAGGUGUUUCCUACACAGCCUCUGUUUCUACCCUGCUGCAGUAGUGGGAGCACAAUCAGCAGCACCCACUUAUUUGUUUUCAAGGUAGCAGCUCCCUGUGCUACUGCUUUGAAUAUUCUCAACCAACCUUAGAGGGUGAUACCCUACCCUUCCUCACCUCUGCUUUAACUGCUCUCUGAGAUGAGGUUUGCCUGCAGCACCAGGGGGGCUCACCAAAUCUAACUGGAUCUUUUUUUCUCUUCCUUCUCAUGUGCAUCAAUGGAAGCUUCAUGAAGUGCAUGAAGAAAUGGAGAAAUGUUACAGUGAACAGCCAUGACCAGCUGGAUGGCUCUGGAAGUAGAAGAGGAGCCAAUGAAGCCCCUGUGGCUGCCUCAGCCCCUGCAGAACAGGGAGCAGAGGAGGAGGACACUCAAAGCUCAGGAAGCACAGCAAGGAGUUAUUAUUAAGUGUCCAAUUUGCAUGGAUUUUUACUCAGAGAUCAUGCGACACGGACGACAGCUUGUGGCAACCACGUGUGGCCACAUCUUCUGCAGUCGCUGCCUCCCUGUUGCCCUGGAGACUGCUCACACGUGCCCAACCUGCAGGUGCACCUCAGUCCACAAGGAUUCCAUCCCAUUUAUUUAUGAGCAGUUCUCAGACAGAGAUCCAUCUUGGACAACAGGCGAUGCAGAGACUUGUUGCUUCAUGUAUAUAGUUCUUCAUGUAUAUAGUCCUUCAUGUAUAUACUCCCAUUUUUGCUGAAUUAAUUUAUAAAUAUUGUUUUGAUUUUUUU